GAUGACGUUCUCCUGACCCCGUGAUGUUAAAGUGAGCAGCUGCCACUACCGUUACAAGCACACAAGCCUUUGGUGAGGGUUCCGAUGGGUCUGUUACCAAUACUUAUCGGUCUGCUCGCCAUACAGGUGACCUGGCUGGGAUUCAGUGAUGGAGCUGUCCCGUCUACGGUCAAAUACCAUCGACCCCAUGGCCCUGCCGCCGGGGUCCCAGCAAGUAGUGGUAUACCUCCAGUGAAACCACUACCCAGAAAUGUUGGACCUACAUCUACACCCGCCACUGCAAAAGCCCUAACUCCAGCGGCAUCGGUAACAGCGUCAGCUACAUCCUCGGCCAAAGCAAAGGGCUUCUGCUGCCAAGGAAGACCGUUAUCUUCACUCCUUAACGAAGAUUACGACAUUCAUGGUGAAACUGAAUUCGUUCUUGGAACUGACUAUCGGUUCCAUAACCAAGCAACUAACCGAUCUCACGAGCCAAAUGGCAGAAGUCCGUGGCAGCCUUGAAAAUUUGGUGAACAAUACCAACACACAGCCAUCUAUUCCAUCCAUUCCACCACCCGUACCUGUUCUACCUGUCUUAAAUCCGCCAACCACACCCAAGCCCACGCCUCCACCACCACCACCACCGCCAUCAGCCCCGCGACCUAAACCCAAACCUAUACAGGCUCUCAAACCCGCGCCACGCCCUGCCCCCAAACCGGCGCCACGCCCUGCCCCAAGACCUUCAAGGCCGACUCCUGUGAGACAACCCAUACAGCGUUACAUGCCAUCUUACCCUAUGCAGUUCAAACCUGCAGUGGUUCCAGCAGCUCGGAAACCGGCCAUUACUCAGCAACGACGUAUGGAUUACUACCAUGGGUCAGGCGAUAAAAGCUUACGGUGGCCAGGAAAUAAUGAAUUUCAUCCCUGGUGGAAGAAUUGGUGGAGCAACAACUUCCAAGGUUUCUACCCAGAAACUUCCGGGGAUACGUCAUCCGCAUCGUCAUUCGGAUCAAGGAGAUCACAGUUCGGGUCGACAAAUCAGUUUGGAUCACAGUUCGGUGGCCAGUCCUCUUUUGGAGAUACGUCACAGUUCGGCGCUAGGUCACAGUUUGGAAGUAUGCCUCAGUUUGGAGGGUCAAAAUUCAGCCCUACAUCUCAGUUUGGAAGUGUGCCUCAGUAUGGUGGGUCACAGUUCGGCAGUUUCGGCUCCUAUCCUGGUGGUACUGCUGCUGCUUGGAUGUCAGCAAACCGGAAGUCCAGGGAACCAGGUGAAACAGAAGGGAAGGGAAGGGGUUCCUCGGCGGGGUCUGCAGCCGAAUAUAGAUAGAUCCACACAGAGUAACUCGGCAAUCUUAUUAAAAUCUUAUCUUAACUCUGAACAUUUCGCUAAACUGAAAUGUGUGGACAUCCAAUAUUAAAGGUGAAGUCAGGACGACCUUUUAUGAAAUUUGACGGACGAAUGAAAUGACAAAGAAGAAGCCGAUAUUAAUCAAUCAGAAGGCAGCUUUCCAGAUCCAUGUGCCACCAGUUAUAGCUCUGGCGACGUCAGUUUCAGUCAACCAGAAAAUAGAUCUCGAAACAAAAUUGGAAAACUCAACCAAAGAAUAUUCUAGGAUGCACGGCGGAAUUGCACUUUUUUCGUUCAAAUGUACAUCACCCUGAAGCGAGAAACAGACGAUGACAUUUGGCGGAAUAAAUCUAUACUCCGGACCUGUCUUCGGAAUAACCAGUGUUAACCUUUUCGAGGUUGCACGAUUAAAAAACAUCGACUGUCACUCUGUGAUAAGCGACGCUCUGAUUGGUCUGAUCUUUGUUUAGUGGUAAUGAGAAGUAAGAUAAGAUUUUAAUGAAAACUGGGAUUCUCAGCCUUUUCCAUUGCGUGAUUGAAGAAGACAUGUUUCAAAAUUGUAACAAUUCACAUUGUCUAUCACUGUAUUCAUCCUGAUAGUCAAAGUAUCGGACAACAAGUAAAUCUUACGCAAAAGAAGGCGUAAAUCCCUAUUUAUUCCAUCCUCCAGUGGGAAAUAUCUUGUUGCGAGUCAACUCUUGACAGUACACGUGUCCAAUCCAUGUGUAGUUUUGACAUAAAGAUAACUCUCUGACUCACAACACACGGAAUGCGUUUCACUCCAUCAGAUAGUCACCUUAUAAUCAUGCACCAGGAGUGAUAUCAUACAUAGUAUAUAUAAGACAAUAAAACGUUGAAAUUAUCA